AGGGGAACUGCUACUGGGGAGCCCUGCUUCCCGGGCUUCUGGGUCAGAUCUUGAUGUCAUGUCUGCUAUGCCAAGAUGCCAUCCUUGCUUGGGUUAAAGUGUCUGGGGAAAUUGUGCAGCUCUGAGAUAGGCAAAGUUCCCUCACCAGAGAGAGCCAGCCUCAGGAACUCCCACAGGAGACUGCUUAUUGAGGACCUGAGUGUCCCCGAGACUCCUGACCCUGCUCAUCGCAGGCGUGGCACAGUCAUACAUCUGGUCUAUCUGUAUUCUGCUGGCUGUGGUCCACCAGAGCUCAGGUUUAGCAGCUAUGAUCCAUCCGUGGCCCAUCCUCAGGACCCUCACCACUCGUCGGAGAAACCUGUCAUUCACUGCCAUAAAUGCGGGGAGCCAUGCAAGGGCGAAGUGCUACGGGUGCAGACCAAGCAUUUCCACAUCAAAUGCUUCACCUGCAAAGUGUGCGGCUGCGACCUGGCCCAGGGGGGCUUCUUCAUAAAGAACGGGGACUAUCUGUGUACCCUGGACUACCAGAGGAUGUAUGGGACACGGUGCCACGGCUGUGGGGAGUUCGUGGAGGGCGAGGUGGUAACUGCCCUGGGCAAGACCUACCACCCCAACUGCUUCGCCUGUACAAUCUGCAAGCGCCCAUUUCCACCCGGAGACCGAGUCACAUUCAACGGGAGAGACUGUCUUUGUCAGCUCUGUGCACAGCCGAUGUCUUCCAGCCCUAAAGAAGCCUCCUGCUCCAGCAACUGCGCCGGCUGUGGAAGGGACAUUAAGAACGGACAGGCGCUGCUAGCUCUGGACAAGCAGUGGCAUUUGGGCUGCUUCAAGUGCAAGUCCUGUGGGAAGGUCCUCACCGGCGAGUACAUCAGCAAGGAUGGCUCCCCAUACUGUGAGAAAGACUACCAGGGGCUCUUUGGGGUGAAGUGUGAAGCCUGUCACCAGUUUAUCACAGGAAAAGUCCUGGAGGCAGGCGACAAGCAUUAUCAUCCCAGCUGCGCACGAUGCAGCAGAUGCAAUCAGAUGUUCACAGAAGGGGAAGAAAUGUAUCUGCAAGGUUCUACCGUGUGGCAUCCCGACUGUAAGCAGUCCACUAAGACAGAGGAGAAGCUGCGGCCACCAAACAUCCCGCGCUCUUCAUCCGAUUUCUUUUACCCCAAAAGUCUGAUUCGUCGCACAGGACGGUCCCCAGCUCUGCAGCUUCUGUCGCCACCCUGUCUGAUGAACUCCAACAAAAACCCCAGGCAGCCCACCAGGACCUCCUCUGAAAGUAUCUAUUCUAGACCAGGCUCCAGCAUCCCUGGUUCACCAGGCCAUACUAUCUAUGCAAAAGUAGACAAUGAAAUCCUGGAUUACAAGGAUUUAGCAGCCAUCCCCAAGGUCAAGGCGAUCUAUGACAUCGAGCGUCCAGAUCUCAUUACCUAUGAGCCUUUCUACACAUCAGGCUAUGAGGACAAGCAGGAGAGACAGAGCCUUGGAGAGUCUCCAAGGACUUUGUCUCCAACUCCAUCUGCAGAAGGUUAUCAAGAUGUCCGGGAUCGGAUGAUCCACAGGUCCACCAGCCAGGGCUCCAUCAACUCCCCUGUGUAUAGCCGGCACAGUUACACUCCAACUACGUCUCGCUCGCCCCAGCACUUCCACCGACCUGAGCUCUUGUCUCCUGGUGUGCACAGGUGGUCUCCCCUGCGCACCAGCAGCUUCAGCUCCACCCACAGCGACUCCCGUCCCAACCCCCCCUUCCGACACCACUUCCUCCCCCAUGUCAAAGGCAAUGAGCCGUCCAGCGGCCGGAACUCCCCUCUCCCCUACCGGCCCGACAGCCGCCCUCUAACUCCAACUUACGCUCAGGCCCCUAAACAUUUCCAUGUUCCAGAUCAAGGGAUCAACAUUUACCGAAAACCACCCAUCUACAAACAGCAUGCUGCCUUGGCAGCCCAGAGCAAGGCUUCAGAAGAUAUCAUCAAGUUUUCCAAGUUCCCAGCAGCCCAGGCGCCAGAUCCCAACGAGAUACCAAAGAUUGAGACGGACCACUGGCCGGGUCCCCCCUCACUUGCCGCCGUAGGAACUGACCCGAGGCGCAGAUCAAGUGGCAGAGAGGAAGAUGAAGAGGAGCUUUUGAGACGCCGGCAGCUUCAAGAAGAACAGUUGAUGAAGCUCAACUCAGGCCUGGGGCAGCUGAUCCUGAAGGAAGAGAUGGAGAAGGAGAGCAGAGAAAGAGCAUCGCUGGCCAGUCGCUAUGACUCUCCCCUCCACUCAGCUUCCCAUGCUCCAUCAUCUAAAACUUCAUCUCUCCCUGGUUAUGGAAAGAAUGGCCUUCACCGGCCAGUUUCCACAGACUUCGCUCAGUACAACAGCUACGGAGACAUCAGUGGCGGAGUUCGAGACUACCAGACCCUCCCAGAUGGCCACAUGCCUGCAGUGAGAAUGGACAGAGGAGUAUCCAUGCCCAACAUGUUGGAACCAAAGAUAUUUCCAUAUGAGAUGCUCAUGGUGACCAACAGAGGGCGCAACAAAAUCCUGAGAGAUGUGGAUAGAACCCGGCUAGAGCGCCACUUAGCCCCAGAAGUAUUUUGGGAGAUCUUUGGGAUGUCCAUACAGGAAUUUGACAAGUUACCUCUUUGGAGACGCAACGACAUGAAGAAAAAAGCUAAACUCUUCUAAGUCCCUCGAGUAAACGACAAUCAGGAAACGAACUCUCAGUGGCGGUGGUGCGUAGAACAUUAUGCUAAGGCCCAGAACUGAUCAGAGAAUUUGUUCACCACCGUCUCCAGGCAGCAACGCCAAGGGCAAGUCUGAUCUCAGCACCCACGAGCCACAUCCUGGGCCAAGCAACAGUAACCCUUGCCAAGCAACGACGGGGUAGAAUUUCUAUGUUCCCAAAUUCAGCAGUAACGUCCACAUGGGACCUUUUCACGUGACUCUGUGGGGCUUCUUUCUCCUUUUCACUUUCCCCUUUAACCCAUGUCUGACUUAGUGCUGCCUGUGUUGGUAAGAGUCAGCAAGUGCCCUUAGGAAGCCACACGGAGGGGAUGCUGGGAGUCCUGACAUAUGAAUCUAUUUAUUAUGUAGUACUGUGGCAGAGAAGGAAUCCAGGGGCCUGCACUGAUCGGGUAGCAGCUACUUUGCCUGUCCUUGGCCGUCUCCCUCAGCUCUGCCUGGGCUCCGAGGGAGAUGGAAGUCCGUCAGGGAACAGGUAGUUCUAAGUGCGUGGCUAAAUGAUUUGGACAAGCUCCUGUGUGUGCUGAGACCUGGCUGGCCAGCUGCUAGAGGGGAAAAACAAUUAAGACAAUGGAAAAGGAAAAAGGAAUGAAGGAACCUCCCUCCCUGAAAGCUUUUCCUGCUUCUGAGACUGUGUUCAGCCCUUUCCCCUAUAAAUUGAUAGGAACUGUGUGUCCACCUUUCCAAAGAAAGGAAAGACAAAAAGAGUUUCCAGAUUGGCCCAGCUGCUGAUAGGUGAUUUUUUUUGCCCAUGAAUCAUGUAUCUCUUAGAGAAGAAAAUUCUAUGCCCUACCACAUCACAAGAUCUCCUCCUCAGUGUCUGUCUGUCUGUCUGUCUGUCUGCCUGGCAUCUGAUGGGUCAGGUCAAGCCCGUGCUGGUUUUGACUAAGGGUAGAGACUAAGGGGAGACUUGUUUUUCUGAAGUAGACUGCUUUCACUCGGCCUGAUGGACAAGCCCGCGUGUGUUCACGUCUGUGUGUAACUCACCCAGAGCAGAUCUGUGAGUCUCGAUGUGCUUUGUAAUCUCUGCUUGAGUGUUGCCCAUACUGGGCUGUGGCUUUGAAGGUCAUUUGCACAAGAGCACGUGACCCAGAGAUGGAGAAGUGAGGUUCAGGGAGGGUGCUUAGAGACCAGCCUGUUCUUUGAGCUGUAGAGACUCAUGCUGGAUUCAAACUGAGAACCCUGGAAGGAAGGCCAGGCUAGUUUAGGGCUCAGCGCGUCUCACCAGAGCCCUUCCAUACUCUGUGACUCUCAGUGUGAAUUGGAAUGCAAUUCUUUCCCUAAAAUGUGUGGAAAAGGCCACAUCAUGAGGACUGGUGUGAGUUGGGGUAGGGUCCCCAGAGUCUCAGGAAAGAAGCUAGAUCACACUGAUUCUCCUGCCGUGGAUAUGAGUUAAAACCAAGUGGUAAAGCACUUGGAUUCACCCCCAAUGACCACUCAGCACAAAAUGCAGAAAUUCCUUCUGAAGGACUAAAGCGACCAGCUGUCUGCCACACCUGCAGUAACACAGAGCAACAGAUUCCCAGCCCGUGAUGAGAGCCUGUAGCUCGUGACACACUUCUUUGGGUUACUCUGCUACAUUUCUGUAAGAGAGUUAAGUCUGAGAACUAGUCUCGCAAGUGUAUCUGUUAGUACACUCUGCAAGAGGACUGGACUGCUGGCCUAGGUAUAUGGAUCUCACGCCUCUUGGGGAGACAGAUUGCAAAAAUGGGUUCCCUGCAUGUCUCCGGCUUCUUCCCAUGUUCUCAUUGUUUUUCUCUAGCUACCCUACUCAUCACUGGCUCCCUCAGCACCAGGCCUGUAUAACGUGGUUCUCACGUUACCCUGGCAGCAUACAGGAUGGGGAGUCUGGUGUAUUCAGUGUUCACAGUCAGCAGACAUGGUGACCUGGUGGGAGACUUUAUUUAUCCAGUGUGGUGAUAGCAUGACCCUCCAUGCUUCUUACUGGUUAAUGCUAUUUCUCACAAUGAUGCAGAUUAGGAAAAUUGAAGUAUUCAGGAAACAGGGGUGGUUGCUAAGGUUCCGUACCUGCUCUUUAUAAAUUUAUAGUGGCUUUAUCCUGACAUAGGAAAGUUCAGCUGCAGGGGAGGAGGAGGAGACAGUCUUCCUCUUUAAGUUACAGAGAGCCGUAAGCUAAAGGACCUGCCUAGGAUUAUAAUAUUUGAAGAAUGAACUUUUAAAUUCUUGCAAUAACGAAACCCUGCCUCCUUGACUAUUUGAACUCAGUUCUCCAUCUAAACUGGGAAAAAAAACAAACAAAGAAACAAACAAAAAAAAUAACAUUCCGUAUUAGCAUAGUAGUCCAAAUUGUAUCAAGCAAAAAAUGUAUGGCUAGACAACACCAGUAAGAAUCCUGCUGCUCUGGGGGAGGCGGAAGGAGAGCUGGAAAGUCUGGAGUAUCGCUCCGUUCCCUGGCAGAAGGUUCCAGCCAGGAGGAUGUGCUGAAGAUGGUCUGGUCCUAACUGCCAGACACAAUGUCCGUGACAUUAAAGGCUCCACAUGAUUGACCACAGCAUGGGAGAGCGGUGUUCUUCACUCGACUCCACCCUGCUGGACACAGGAAAAUUUCAAUUGCUAAAAAAAAAUCAAAGCACUCAUUCACUUGGGGGGAGGAUCCUACGCAGGGGGGACUUGGUGCGUAUAUUAAGGGCUAUAUUUUUCUAGCAUUUGACCUACUUGCGACUUGAUACAGAUUGCAUAGCCUGAAAGAGGCUUCUGUGGCCACCUGGGAGUCUCAGUGUUUUCUUCAAAACUUCUCCAAGAGAGUCCAGGCUCUCACAUCGUCUUCCUGUGCGACCUAUUAGAGAGAUGAAAAGCCUUUGAAAACAGCUAGCUCUGCAUUUUCAUACUAGUGUAGAGUUUGUUAUGAAAUAUUUUUACUAUGACUCCUUCAACAACUAAAUACGAACUGCCUGUUCUCUAAACCUCAAGGAGAAAAACUGGAGUUAAUGGGUAAUAAGGUGCAAAAUAAAGGGGUAAGGGGGGAGUUUUCUAUCUGUCCUGUUCUCUGUUAUCUCCAAGUCCUGAUUCUGUUGCCUCCAGCCCGAGCCUCCUCUCCUCUUCUCUCCCGAGACACAGCCUCACCCGUCAUUUCAUUCUCUAUCCACUGUCUGUCACCUCCAGCAUGGAAAGGUUCAGCUGGAGACAUUUCUGAAACAGACUACUUUACUUUGAAGCAAACGUCUUUUUUUUAAAGAUUGCUUCACCAAUGAUGCUGUCAGAUAUAUCUGCUUUCUCAAGUUUAAAAGAAUUCAAAUUAACUUCCUUUGAGUCUUUGUUAAAAGAGAAAAUAAAAAAAUCUCAAGCAAACUUGGAGUGGCAGUCCAGGGCAUGUCGCAGGAGCAGGAGUGGCUCCAAGCUGUGCUCUCCAUGAACUCUGGCUCUGGGGAGAUUUCUAGUAACUCUUCAAUCUGUACUUUCUGUGCCCGCCUCGGUUUUGAGUUGCAUUUUUUUUUUCUGUUGUUAGACAAACCAGGGCUUUGUAUGCUUGAAGUUCACUGUUUUGUGCCCCCCUUUGAAGAACUUUCUAUGCAGAAAUAGAUGGUCAGGGUUUCGGAUUUGCAGUGAUGUGUCUUCCGGUGGCAAUGGACAGGGAAGGAGCACCCAUGUCCACUGGAACGGGAGAACAAGCCUUCGGCAUCUACAGGGUUACUGUUUGCAUUUUCUACCCACAAGCAGAAGGAGACAGUGACAAUGGGCAGUGGAUAGCCCUCACUCGUGAGUGUUUAAUGUUGCAGCAAACUCACCAAGAAGGAGACAAAUGGCUGUUUCGAAUGGAAGCUUUCUCAGCAGACAAUGUGUGCACAGUAAACUUCAGCAGAGUCCACUUGUUCUCCCGGAAGCUUAAUGUAAUUGAAUGGCAGUUAUCACUAAAUAAAAUUCUUUUCUGAGUCUCUCCCGAGAGUGGCAGUCCUUUGAAUCGCUUCCCAGGGUGAAAGAUGGAAAGAGAUGAGCCUAAGGAUACCAGGUUCAAAACGGUUAUGACCAUACACACAGGCAUUUUACCUUAUGGAAGAGGAGACAGUUGUUCAUGGAAUUGAUGGGGGAGGUAGAGGGGGUCCUCUAACAAAUAUGUCUGGUGGUGAAUGUGAAAGCUUUCCAUGAGAUGCCAAAGACCCUACAUCGAAUUUCCUUGAAGAAUGGUUCACGGGAUUUCUGUCCCUGAUGAAAGACUGCCCAUUCACCUUGGUUCCCUCCCCUUGUGGCUAAACGAAAGCAAAUGUCCGGAAGUCUUGAGAAGCUGUGUCGUGUUCCCUGUGGAAAUGAGUUGAUGUGUGCCAGUGCUGAGCACCUGGUAUUGAGGUACAGAGGAGGGCUCCGCCUGCAGGCACUGUGGCCGCUGAGCUGCGUGUUCCCAGCUGCCUCUGUUGCGGACAGCCCGCUCCACUCUCCACCCUGUACUCCAUAAAUAAAGCUACGUGCUUCUGCCCUGAG